AUGCAGUUUGAUGCGUCGCCUUUUUUCGCUUUGCUCCGUUUUCCGCGCGCGCCGCAGAGCACCGGAACGACAGAAAAGGAGGAAGAGGAGAGGAAAGAAGAAAAGAAGGACGUGCGUUUAAAAGAGAAAAAAGAAAGAAAGAAUAAUAGUAGUAGUAAUAAUAAUAAUAAUACUCCGGUGCUUUGUGUGGAGGUGGGGUUGGGGGGUUUGGGUUCUUAUCCGAGAUGUGAAGAAGGAGAAGAAGAAAAGUGAAGGAGAGAAGGAGCCGCACGCGGCAGAAUGCACGAGCGGUGGAGGAGGAGUGCAGUGGUGCUGCUGUUAUUCCUGUCGUUUUUUCCGCGGUUGUGAAGAAGAAGUGUGAACGCACGAAGGCCGGUGGAGAGAGAGAGAGACCUACUGGGGGAGGGAAAGAAAGAGAGAGAGAGAGGGGGAGUGAGCGCGUGCGUGUAGCGGAGAGACAAAAAACCCGGCGGAAGGACAAGACUUUUUUUUUUUUUUUUUGGUGUGUGUGUGUGCGCGCGCGCGUGUGCGUGAGGCGGUUGGAAGACAGAGGAAGGGGAAAAAUACCGGGAAAGACAACAAGAUGUCGGCUGUGAAGAGACCGAGAGGACGGCCUCCGAAAAACACUAAUGGUUCAAGCAACCAGGCCCGGCUGCUCAGCCCGCCGAUGAAGAGCAGCUCCUCCUCUUCUUCCUCCUCCUCUUCAUCCUCCUCUUCGUCUUCCUCGUCUUCGUCCUCACACUCGUCGUCCUCGGAGAAGCGCGUCUCCAAGCGGCCACAGCAGAUGGAGGCAUCGUCACUGGAAGACAAACAGCAGAAGGCCAACCGCAUCAUCUCGGAGGCCAUCGCCAGGGCGCGCGAGCGGGGCGAGAAGAACAUCCCACGCGUCAUGAGCCCCGAGAGUUUCCCCAGCUCCUCCGAGCUGCACAAGCACAAAGCGGGAUCCUCGAAAUCCAGAGUGAAGAAGGGCUGCAAGAGCGCCCGCAUCAUCAAGUCUCCCAGAGAAAAGCAGAAGAGUCUGAUUAAGAAAAUAGUGAUAAAGAUCGGGAAGAAGAAGAAACGCAAGACGGAAUCUUCAGACGAACUCUCUGAUGACGAACCACCGCCUCGACGACCCUCUAAAGAUGACGACUCGAAGCGUCGGUCAAACAGACAGAUAAAGAGGAAGAGGUAUGCUGAGGAACAGGAGGCUCGGCUGUCUGACGAGGAAAUGAAGGUCAUCACCAAAGCUAAGAAGAUCAAUGCGAACGCUCCUAAAGAGCCUGCAGUACAACUGUUUGUGGAGAACCCCAGUGAGGAGGAUGGAGCUGUGGUGGAUAAAAUCAUGGCCUCUCGCAUAGAUAAGAAGGAGGUGUCUCCGGGGGUUGUAGUUGAAGUGGAGGAGUUUUUUGUAAAAUACAAAAACUACUCUUAUCUGCAUUGUGAGUGGGCUACAGAGCAGCAGUUGGAGAAGGACAAGAGGAUCCAGCAGAAAAUCAAGCGCUUCAAGAUUAAACAGGCCCAGAGAGCGCACUUCUUUGCCGAUAUGGAGGAGGAUCCAUUUAAUCCUGAUUACGUAGAAGUGGACAGAGUCCUUGAGGUCUCGUACUGCGAGGACAAGGACACUGGAGAGCCAGUGGUGUAUUACCUGGUGAAGUGGUGUUCACUGCCGUAUGAAGACAGCACAUGGGAGCUAAAGGAAGACGUGGAUCAGAGUAAGAUUGUGGAGUUUGAGCAGCUGCAGGCAGCAAGACCAGACUCCAGAAGAAUGGAGCGCCCCCCAGCGAGUCACUGGAAGAAGCUGGAGCAGUCGAGGGAGUACCGGAACGGGAACAGUCUCAGGGAAUACCAGCUGGAGGGCGUCAACUGGCUGCUCUUCAACUGGUACAACAGACGUAACUGUAUCUUGGCUGACGAGAUGGGUUUGGGGAAAACCAUCCAGUCGAUCACGUUCCUGGACGAGAUCCACUCGACAGGGAUCAAAGGGCCGUUCCUGAUCAUCGCACCUCUCUCCACGAUCGCUAACUGGGAGCGCGAGUUCCGCACAUGGACCCACCUCAACGUCAUCGUCUAUCACGGCAGUGCACUCAGCCGCCAGAUGUUGCAGCAAUACGAGAUGUACUUCCGAGAUGCUCAGGGUCGUGUGGUGAGGGGCACAUACCGGUUUCAGGCGGUUAUCACCACGUUCGAGAUGAUUUUAGGAGGCUGUCCGGAGCUCAACGCCAUCGACUGGCGCUGCGUGAUCAUCGACGAAGCUCAUCGCCUGAAAAACAAGAACUGCAAGUUGCUGGAGGGCUUCAAACUUAUGCGCCUGGAGCAUAAAGUGUUGUUGACUGGCACACCGCUGCAGAACACAGUGGAGGAGCUGUUCAGUCUGCUGCAUUUCUUAGAGCCCACACGGUUCCCCUCUGAGAGUACCUUCAUGCAGGAGUUUGGAGACCUCAAGACUGAGGAACAGGUCCAGAAGCUGCAGGCCAUACUGAAGCCUAUGAUGCUUCGCCGCUUGAAGGAGGACGUUGAGAAGAAGCUGGCUCCAAAGGAAGAGACCAUUAUUGAGGUGGAGCUCACCAACAUCCAGAAGAAAUACUACCGUGCCAUUUUAGAGAAGAAUUUCUCCUUCCUGGCCAAAGGAGCCGGCCAAGCCAACGUCCCCAAUCUGGUCAACACCAUGAUGGAGCUGAGGAAAUGCUGCAACCACCCCUACCUCAUCAAAGGCGCGGAGGAGAAGAUCCUGGAGGAUUUUCGCGAGGUAUGCAGCCCCUCGGCCCUGGACUUCCACCUGCAGGCCAUGGUGCAGUCCGCCGGCAAACUCGUCCUCAUCGACAAGCUGCUUCCUAAAAUGAAGGCCGGCGGCCACAAAGUGCUCAUCUUCUCUCAGAUGGUGCGCUGCCUCGACAUCCUCGAAGACUACCUCAUUCAGAGACGAUACCUCUAUGAGCGGAUAGACGGGCGUGUGCGCGGAAACCUUCGCCAGGCUGCAAUAGACCGUUUCAGUAAGCCUGACUCGGACCGCUUCGUCUUCCUGUUAUGCACGAGAGCAGGAGGCCUGGGCAUUAACCUCACUGCUGCUGAUACCUGCAUCAUCUUUGACUCCGACUGGAACCCUCAAAAUGACCUGCAGGCCCAGGCUCGGUGCCAUAGAAUCGGCCAGAACAAGGCGGUGAAGGUGUACCGGCUCAUUACACGCAACUCCUACGAGCGGGAGAUGUUUGACAGGGCCAGUCUCAAACUGGGAUUGGACAAAGCUGUGCUGCAGAGUAUGAGUGGGCGGGACAACUCCCUUGGCGGAGGAGGGACGAUCCAACAGCAGCUUUCGAAGAAGGAGAUCGAGGACCUGUUGAGGCGCGGCGCAUACGGUGCGCUCAUGGACGAGGAAGACGAGGGUGCCAAGUUCUGUGAGGAAGAUAUCGAUCAGAUCCUCCAACGCAGAACCAAAACCAUCACCAUUGAGUCAGAGGGACGGGGUUCCACUUUUGCCAAGGCCAGUUUUGUAGCAUCUGGGAAUCGUACAGACAUUUCUCUGGACGAUCCCAAUUUCUGGGAUAAAUGGGCAAAGAAGGCAGAGAUCGAUCUGGACACAAUCAAUGGCAGAAACAGCCUCGUGAUCGACACGCCGAGGGUAAGGAAACAGACUCGGCCGUUCAGUGCCACGAAAGACGAACUGGCUGAACUGUCAGAAGGUGAGAGCAGCGGAGACGAUAAGCCAAAACUGCGGCGGCCACAUGACCGCCUCAACAGCUACGGGCGCACCGAGUGCUUCAGGGUCGAGAAGAACCUGUUAGUGUAUGGGUGGGGCCGCUGGAGGGACAUCCUGCAGCACGGCCGCUUUAAGAAGCAGCUGAGCGAGAGAGACGUGGAGUGGAUCUGUAGAGCGCUGCUCGCCUACUGCUUAGUGCACUACAGAGGAGAUGACAAGAUCAAGAGCUUCAUGUGGGAUCUGAUCGCUCCGACCGAGGACGGCAGAACCAAAGAACUCCAGAACCACUUGGGACUCUCCACGCCGGUUCCUCGAGGCAGGAAGGGAAAGAAGAUGAAGACCCAGUCCAGCGGCUUUGACAUUCAGAAAGCCGAGUGGCUCAGGAAGCACAACCCGGAGCACAUGCUGUCUGAUGACGGAUACAAGAAGCAUCUUAAGCAUCACUGCAACAAGGUGUUGUUGAGAGUCAGAAUGCUGUACUACCUGAAACAGGAGCUCAUUGGUUCUCAGUGUCAGAAAGUGCUGGAUGGCGUUGAAGCAGGUGAAAUACAGAUCUGGGUUCCUGAGCCAGAUCAUUCAGAGCUGCCUGUUAUGUGGUGGGACAUGCUGGCAGACAAGUGUCUGCUGAUAGGAGUCUACAAGCAUGGUUAUGAGAAGUACAACACUAUUCGUGCAGAUCCUGCUCUGUGCUUCCUAGAGCGAGUUGGCCGGCCAGACGAUAAGGCCAUUGCUGCCGAACAGAGAGCAAACGACUUUAUGGAUGGGGAUGGUGACGAUCCAGAAUACAAGCCUGCACCCACUCUGCUUAAAGAUGAUAUGGAGGAUGAUGCUUCCUCUCCUGGUGAUCUGGUCAUAACGGAUACAGGAGGAGAGGGCGGCUCUGUGCUCGACGGUGGAGGCAGUUCUCUGGGAGUCGUCACGGGAGCGUACUGGCCGUCUUCGUCCGCCUUAACGGCUCGGCUACGGCGCCUGAUCACUGCAUCACAGCGCUUCACCAAGAGCAGACAGAUCAUGCAGAUCCACCAGACACAGCAGACCAUGGCCCCUGACCUUUGCCCUCUGCCCACCAUGCUUCCUGAUGCGAUCAACCCCAAAAUGGCUGCCAAGAUUGAACGGCAACAAAGGUGGACCAGGAGAGAAGAGGCAGAUUUCUACCGUGUGGUGUCUACGUUCGGCGUCGUCUUUGAUCCCGAACUGGGCCGCUUCGACUGGACCAAAUUCAGAGCCAUGGCUCGCCUGCACAAGAAGACAGACGAGAGUCUCCACAAAUACCUCUGUGCUUUCACUGCCAUGUGCAGGCGGGUGUGUCGCCUACCACCAAGGGAGGGCGACGUUGUGGAUCCGUCUCUGUCCAUCCAGCCGAUCACAGAAGAGCGUGCCUCACGUACACUGUACCGAGUGGAGCUGCUCCGGCAGGUUCGGGAACAGGUUCUGCGCCACCCUCAGCUCUUUGAGCGCCUGCGACUGUGCCAGCCUGGCUCAGAUCUGCCUGUGUGGUGGGAGCCAGGCACUCAUGACCGCGACUUGCUAAUUGGUGCAGCCAAGCACGGAGUGAGCCGGACAGACUACCACAUUCUCCGAGACCCUGAGCUCAGCUUCAUGACAGCCCAGAGGAACUACAGCCAAAACAAGGGUGCGCCGGCACAAAGCCAAGCCCAAAAUCAGGUGCUCCUGCUUGGACAGACGCGCACGCCAACUCCGUUAGUACCGAGCCAGACUCCUGGCGCGCCGCCUUCACCACUCACUAACUCCACCCCUCGGGAGGUGACCCCCAAGGAGGAGCUGCUUUUAGAAGGAGAGGAGGAGGCAGGGACACAGAGCUGGCCUUCUGUCAGGCCUCCGACGCCUGCAGUAGAGGGGUUGAAAGAAGAGAAGGAAACAGGGAACGAGAGACAGAUGGAGGCCGCCCGAACGAAGCCGCUCGCGCCCAACCCCGAGAGCCGAAAGCAGAAAAAACUAAGCAAAAGAAGUCGGAAAGAAGCAAGGAGGAGGUCCGGGUCAGACACCGAUUCAGACGCAUCUUCCUCUAGCUCCUCAUCCAGCUCGUCAUCAAGAUCCUCAUCAUCAUCUUCGUCUUCAUCACGGUCAGGGUCCAGUUCCUCGUCUUCGUCGUCUUCCUGCUCUUCUGGCUCCUCGUCUUCGUCAUCGUCGUCGUCAUCUUCUGAAGAGAGUGAUGGUGAAGAGGUUCCAAAGAACGCUGCAGUGGUGCCUGGUGUUAAAGGUUUUGACGAGGACAGUAUAGCAUCUCAUAGCACUACUCACGACGACAUGCAGGACAGUCACGUGACCAACGGCAUCACAAACAUCUCCCACCCGUUCCACGGUGGAGGCUACAUGCUCGCUGCUUCCUAUUGGCCGAAGGACCGUGUUAUGAUAAACCGACUGGACAGUAUUUGCCAGGCGGUAUUGAAGGGCAAGUGGCCCGGGUCUCGGCGUGCGUACGAGGGAAGUGCUGCAGUGUCCUCGUUUUACACCACUAAGCUCAUGGACAGCGCAGCCACCUUGGCAGAUGACCCCGCAGCCUCUCCUCAGGGUUCAAAGGUGAAGAAGCAUGAUGCAGACAGAGAAAAGGAGUUCUCAGUCAAAAUAAAUGACCAGGAAGGCAGUCUGAAACUGACCUUCCAGAAGCAGGGUUUGCCAUUGAAGCGUCCUCUAGACGCCGAGGAGGGACCUCUGGCCCAGCAGCAGUAUCUGGCGAGGCUACAGGAACUGCAGAGUGCGUCCGAUAGCAGCCUGACUGACUACACCAAAACGCAGAACAGUUAUCCACACGGCCUGAGUGGACAGAUGCGAGUGAAUGGAAUGGUUGAUGGUCAGCCAGUGAUGAAGAAGAAGAGAGGAAGAAGGAAGAACGUAGAAGGGAUGGAUCAUCUCUUCAUGAACAAGAACAGACCUACUGUGAUGCCUGAUCAGGUUCCUCCAGGUUGGAGCGGGGCCGCGACCCCAGCCUCGACCCCUGGUGCUUCUCAGGUCGCUGGGCCUGUGGACACCGAGAGCAGAGUCCCCGUCAUAAACCUAAAAGACGGAACACGGCUUGCUGGGGAUGACGCUCCCAGAAGGAAGGAUCUAGAUCAGUGGCUGAAGGAACACCCAGGCUUCGUGGCAGACGUCGGAGCCUUCAUCCCGGGGGUGAACAAGGUCCAGUUUCAGGACGGACGACCGAAGCAGAAGAGGCAUCGCUGUAGAAAUCCUAACAAGAUUGACGUAAACAGCCUCACAGGAGAGGAAAGGGUCCAAAUCAUCAACAGGAGAAAUGCUCGCAAGAUUGGUGGUGCGUUUGCUCCUCCUCUGAAGGAUUUGUGCCGAUUCCUCCAGGAAAAUCCAGAGUAUGGAAUUCCGCCAGAAUGGGCAGAUGUUGUCAAACAGUCGGGCUACCUCCCGGAGAGCAUGUUUGACCGCAUCCUCACGGGUCCUAUUGUACCGGAGGAGGUGAGCAGACGAGGCCGUCGGCCCAAAAAUGCUCUGGCCAAAGCGGUUAAUACGGCGAACGCCAGCGCAGCUCUCGGCGUCAACCCUCUUCUAAACAACGGGCUCAUCUCCGGUCUGGACCUGAACAGCCUGCAGGCCCUGCAGAGCCUUCAGAGCUUCCAGCUCACCGCAGGACUCAUGGGCCUCCAGACUGACCCUGCCAACAUGGCCGCCAUGCUUCCCAUGAUGCUCUCCGGCAUGGCCGGCCUGCCUAACUUACUCGGAAUGAGCGGUCUGCUGGGAAAACAGGAAGCCGCCUCUGGCGAGGAUUCAGGGAAGAAAAGCGGCGGGGAAACGACGGCUCAGACAUCGGAGGUCCAGACAGAGAGGACAGAAAGUCCAAGCUCAACAAGUGCUUCAGCCUCAGGCCAAGCGUUAGCCCUCAACCCCUUACUGCUCUCCAGCAUGCUUUACCCAGGGAUGCUUCUCAACCCAGGCCUUAAUUUACCCGUGGCCAAUCAGCCACAAUCUACCAGUCCUCAGCCCGCCCCUCCAGCUCAGCCCGCCCCCUCUGACGCUGCACAAAAAUGCUCAGGCCAACCGGAGAAGGACGCAGCGGAUGAAGGGGAGGAGCCUGAUGAACAGAAGGACCUCAGCGGUCCAGAGGGCUCGGGGAAGGCUGAGUCCUCUUCCUCAGACGCAGAAAGCUCAUCAUCUUCGUCAUCAGAGGAUUCUGAUUCCACUGAUGAAGACUGAGCCUUUAUAUAUAUAUAUAUAUUAUAAAAAUAAAUAUAAAUACAUAUUAUAUAUUUAUAUUACAUCUCUUAGAAAUGUACACAUGCAAACACGUAUAUAAGAGCACUUACAUAAUGAUUUAGGGUUUUUUCCUGUUUUUUUUUUUCCUCCUUUGUGUAAAUAUGAGUAUGAAAGUGUUGUGUAAAAAAGAUGGGGGGAGGGGGGGAGAAAUGACGAGACUCCACAGAUGCUGAAAUGAGAUUUCAGUGUUUGUUUAGGUACACCAUUGUUUUGAAAAGACAUUUUGCAUGUCCAGGAACUUUAUUCGAUUUUUUUUUCCCUUUCUUUCUUUUUCUUUCUUUUUUUUGUGAAAUUGUAUUGCACAGUGAUGUACAAUUGCAGAAGACAAGAAAUCAAAAAAAAAAUUGGCAUUACUGUAUUAAUUAUAUUGGGAUUUAAUUUUAUUAAAAAAAAGAAAAGAAAUCAAGGACGUUAUCGCUCAUGCCGAGCUGUAUAAUUAAUAUAUUUUGUGUGGAAGAAACAGAACUUGACUAUUUUGGUUUUCUUUGGUAAAUAAUUUUUGCAGGAUCAUACGACAUCUGAAUUUCAGACAGUCCAGUACUUCAGCAAUAACACAGGCAGCUAACGAAUGUCACUGAAGCUGUAGAUACCGCCGUCACCGAACUCCACUCUCCAUCCUUCCUCCGUUCUUCUUGCCGCUUUCUGCAUUUUUCCUUGAAUUUUUAUUUUUAAAAAAUUUAUUUUUUACACAUUUCAACCUUUCACCAGUAGUGUUUGUCUUGUAAUAUAUUAGAAAUGCUGUUUGUUUUGUGUAUCUCAGUACUCACUGCAAACCCUUUUUGGUAACUUGACAUGUUUUGGGGGAAAAAAAAACUUUCGCUUUCCAUAAAAUACAACCAAAUACAUACUUAUUUGCAAGUUAAGUCUGAAAUGGACCAUGAUGAUAUCAGUAUCGGUGUAAUGCUAAUUAUUAAUACAUGGCAGGUGUAGGUGUAAGGAUUGUCUGAGGCUACGUUCCUGAAGAAAAUGAAGUCUGGUCGUGUGUGCGAGUGUGUUUUCAUACCAUAUGUCAUUCCGUAAUAAACUGGAAUAACGCUGGUGAAAUCAAGUGUUUCUGGAAGGGCUUUGGGUUUAAAAAAAAAAAAUAAUGGAAAAACAACCAAGUAUAUGCUGCCUCGUGUAGUGCUACAGGGCUCAAACCUACAAUGCUGUGUGCGUGUGUACGCGUACAUCCAUUAAUCGUCUUGGUAAUUGUGGCAUGUGCUGCUUGCUUGUGCUGUCCUUUAUAACGGCUCCAUAAAAUCUCCAUUCUUGUCCUUCGGUCUGAACUUCCAGAGCUUUUAAAGUAUUGGUAUAAUUGUUUAAAAAAGAAAAAAGAAAAAAAAAAGCGAGUUAAGGUAUUUAAAGCAGUCUUUAAAGCUAAUAAUAAUGAUGUUGGUGUGUGUGUGUGUGUGUGUGUAAACAUCUCGUCAUCCAUGCAUGGAAAACUCUAAUCUAGAGUUGUGUGUGUUUUUGAGAAUUUAAAGUAAGGUGGUGUUAAAUAUGCUGAACUGCAGUUCAUGUCAGAAAUGAGAAUCAGGUCAGGUGUGUGUGUGUGUGUUUGUUUUUAAAGGAUCAUCUCCACUUUCUGUUGUUAUUCAGCGCUAAUCCGAGACAUGAUUCCCAGUCAUGGUCGGUGCACGAACGUCAGAUUUGUCUCAUUAAUUAACAAAUCGUGCGCUACUUAAAAGUGCAGUGCGAAUUUCCUCCAGGACUGAGUGAGGAAACGGCUUCAGGUCGUCACAUUCGUAGCAUCAAACUCCACGAAGGAGUUACCAGUGCCAGUUUUAUUCGUUGCGAAUAAUUACUUAUGUACGAUGGUAUAUUAAUGAGCAGUAUAAUAAACUUGAGGGUUGUACUACAUUUUCACUUGACUCCUGAAGAGACCUCAGUUUUUAAGUUACGACGUUUGAACUGAACAGUUUAAUAAACCCAGGCAUCACUGUUUUAUCCUUUUUCCGGACUUUCGAGUCUCAUCAGUGUAUCCGCAAGUGCUGACUGACUUUUUAACUGCCCUUUUUUAGAAGUGCUCUUACACUGUACCUCUGAAUCUGCUCCUCAGACAAGAGGGUAGAAAAGCAUUCACAUUUCCAUACUUCUUAAAAUAGCAAUUUCAGGCUUUUUUUUUUUCCCCUCAUCCCCUUUCAAUAAAUAUUAGCUGUAUUGAAUCUUUAAAUUAUUUGUACAUCCAGACUUUACAUAAUCAUCUGUCUCUGGUUAUGUCAGGUUGUAAUUACAUAAUAAUAAUAAUAAAAUUUCAAUGCGUUCCUUUAUUUCACUUUUGUUUUCAACAUCGUCCUUAAAAAAAAAAAAUCCCACUUUGAAAAAUUAAAAGUUGUGAAUAUAUCCAAGACCAAGAGCUGGCUAUUAUUUUAAAAAAUUUGUAUAUCUUUUUGUUUUUCUUUUCUUUGUGUCUCUUGUCAAUCCAUCUGAUAUUACCAUCCAGUGUGUAUGGUGUUACUUUCCACCCCAGUCCUGCACCACUGACCCUCACCGUAUCACUUCCUUCCCAAUGUGCAACAUGCAAGCAGAAUAAAAAGCAUAUACACUACUGUAAAGGUUUUUUUUGUUUGUUUUUUUGUUUGUUUUUUUCCCCAACUAUGAGGCAUAGAUGUUGAAAUGACGAAUAGAAAAUGGCCUUUCUGUGUUUUUAUUUCUUAGUAGUUUUAUGCUCUUGAUAGGCGAUUACUACAAAUCAUUCUUGUUUUGUUGGAUUUUGUUCUUUGGACAGUUGCAAUAUUUGCAAAAGUUGUGCUCUUGUGUUAGAUGCAAAAACACUUCAUGUAGUGGAGAUUACAUGUCUUAAGAAGUGAUUUCUAAUUUAUUGAAUUACUUUCUAUGAAGUCUCUAUAGAGAAAAAAUUGAGGUUUAAUUAUUUUUAUUAAACGUAUUCUAACUA